AAAACGUACCAACUUGAUUAGGACAUGUUUGUUUAGGUUGGUGCAAAUCGUUUCAGUAGAAAGAAGAAAGUACAGUGGAAAAGAUUCACCGGUUGCUUAUUAGGGCCAGCGGUCGAUCAGAUCCGAUCACACAUUUCAUCCAACCUUCCAUACCUCACACAUCUCUCAUGCUCAAACAAAUUUGAAAUUCCUAAUUUCGUUCACGGGUUUCGGUUAGGGUUAGGGUUUCGUUUACAAUUUCACUUCACCAGCCAUGUACAGCGACGGCGAAACUCACGACGCUCCUCAGAGCCAGAGGAAAAUCCCUCCCGCAUCGUCCAUGUUGUGGGUCCGCAACCUCCGCCGUUUCAUAGGAUCUGGUGCCGGUCUCGGAUCCGAAGCUCUAAUGGAGCUUGAAACAAAAAGAAUUUUGCUUGACAUUUUUAAAGAAAAGCAGAAGAAAAGCGCGGAAGCUGGUACGAUUCCCAGUUUCUACAAGAAGAAACCGGAAGAGGGAUCAAUCAGUCAUAGAGUCCAGAGAUUGGCGAAGUAUCGUUUCUUGAAGAAACAAUCAGAUCUUCUUCUGAAUGCUGAUGAUUUGGAUGCAAUGUGGGUGUGCUUAAGAGAAAAUUGUGUGAUCGAUGAUGCAACUGGUGCAGAAAAGAUGAAUUAUGAAGAUUUUUGCCACAUUGCCUCUGUAUGUACUGAACAAAUAGGUCCUAAAUGCCGACGAUUCUUUAGUCCUUCUAACUUCAUGAAGUUUGAAAAAGAUGAGCAAGGAAGAAUUGCCAUUCUACCAUUUUACCUUUACGUGAUGCGUACGGUUUCACUUACACAGGCAAGAAUUGAUAUGAGUGAGCUUGAUGAGGAUUCUGAUGGUUUCCUUCAGCCACAUGAAAUGGAAGCCUAUAUACGAGGUCUUAUACCCAAUUUGGCACAGUUACAUGAAAUCCUCCCAGGCUUUGUUCCAAUGUAUUGUCGUAUUGCUGCACACAAGUUCUUUUUCUUUUGUGAUCCUCAUCGACGAGGAAAAGCUUGCAUCAAGAAGGUGCUGCUUAGCAAUUGUCUUCAGGAAUUAAUGGAGCUUCACCAGGAAAGUGAAGAAGAAGUAACAGACACAGAACAAGCCGAAAACUGGUUCUCUUUGACUUCUACUCAACGUAUAUGUGACAUGUUUCUUGCUCUUGAUAAAGAUUCAAAUGGAUCAUUGAGCAAGCAAGAGCUGCGAGAAUAUGCAGACGGGACCCUAACUGAGAUUUUUAUCGAGAGAGUGUACGAUGAACAUAUUCGCCGUGGAAAGGGUGGUGGUGGAAAUGUCCGGGAGAUGGAUUUUGAUAGUUUCUUGGACUUUGUUCUGGCUUUAGAAAACAAAGACACUCCAGAAGGCUUAACAUACUUGUUUCGUUGCCUUGAUCUUCAAGGCAGGGGUUACCUUACUACUGCGGAUAUUCACUCUCUUUUCAGAGACGUACAUCAUAAAUGGAUUGAGGGUGGCAACUAUGAACUUUGCAUUGAGGAUGUACGAGAUGAAAUCUGGGAUAUGGUUAAGCCAGGAGAUCCUCUCAAGAUAACAUUGGCUGAUCUAUUAGGCUGCAAACAGGGUGGAACUGUAGCCAGCAUGCUUAUAGAUGUGCGUGGUUUCUGGGCUCAUGACAACAGAGAAAAUCUUCUACAGGAAGAAGAAGAACCUGAAGAAGAAUGAAUAGCUCUGAUUCGGUUCACGCAAACAGAGAGCAUCUGCUGCCUUAAAUUUAUUGUAUUUCAACCUAGGAUUCUCACAUGAUGUUGUAACCCUCAUUAGAUGUGGAAUUAGUCGUGUUCAUCUAAAUAUUAACUGUAAAAACAUCGUAAGUAGUGUAUCUAGUGAGAACUUGUACCUCUUAUUGUACCAAAAUGCUUUUGUUAUGAUUGAAUAUAAACUAGUAUUAUUGGCU